AUGACUUCUCCAGUUUCAUAUGCUAAUGUAGCUGCCAAUGGAACUUCACCAACUCCUUCUGUUCCUUCAACUACUUCCGAAUCAAAACCAAAAUCAAAAUCAAAAUCUACACCUGUAUCUGGUGAAGCUGUUGAAAAUGAAACUCCCAAGGAACCAACAAGUGAAGAGGAUUCAACUAAGGAAUCAAGCAAAGUUUCUUCGUCGACUGCAUCCUCACCUUCGCCAUCUAAACCAAUAAAGAAAACUUUAGCUCCAGCCCCUGUACCUUCAAAGUCAGUUUGGGGUGAUGUGACUGCUGGUGUCAAAGAAUUAUCUGUUGAUGAUAAAAAAUGGCCUACGCCUGACAAGGCUCCAUUGUUAGGGGAACAACCAAAUAGUAAACCACAAUCACAAAAAUUCAUUAAGCCAAUCACUAAUAAAUGGGUUCCAAUUAAUGCUAAAGUGACAUUACCAAGUUCAAGAAAUAGUAGUGGUAGUGGUGGCAACCAUAAUCAAAAACACAACAGAAAUAGAAAAAAGAAUACCAAUAAUAAUCAACAUCAUCACCAAAAAUCCGGGUCAAAGAAAAGAGAUGAUAAAGUAGAGGAAAAUGCUAAUAAAGAAUCGAUCAAAUCUUCUGAGGCAAACGCAACUUCUGUCAACGGUUCUGCUACGACGGAUAAGAAAGAUAGUCAUUCCAAAGACCAAACCCAACCAUCAGCUACAUCUUCUGAUACCGCUUCCGUUGCGUCUGCUGAACAGCAGCAACAGGAAGAAGAAUCCUUUGAACAAUCAACUCCUCAACAAUCCCAACCACAAACCCAACCACCACAACAACAGACACCACAGCAUCAACAACAACAACAACAACAACGUUUUAGCUCCAACGGGCAACCAAAGAAACGUUUCAACUCCAACCAACAGAAUGGUAACUAUAACGGACAAUAUCAAAAAAGAUACAAUAACAACAAUCAACCACAACCACAACAUCAACAUCAACAAGCAUUUAAUCCGCAAAAUGUUGGAUUUUUCCAACCUCAACCAUACCCACCUAAUUUCCAAUAUAACGUGAAUAACAAUAAUAAUAAUGGUAAUGGCGGUAACCGUCCGUAUAGAAACAAUAAUGGUGGACAAUACAGAAAUAACCGAAAUAAUAACAACCACAAUAGUAAUGGCAAUUAUCGUAAUGGUGGAUAUCGUCACAACAACAAUAAUAACAACAACAACAGUAGCAACCCAAUGAUGGCCCCAAUUCCGUUUAUGCCAUUCCCACCUCACACACUUUCUGGAGUUCCAGGAAUACCAGCACAACCAUUUCCAAUACCUCAUCAACACCUUCUUCAUCAGCAAUAUCCACAGCAACAAAUCCCUCCACCAAUUUCACCUAAACAAGAUCCUCAACAAGCAUUAAUUCAACAAAUUGAUUAUUAUUUUUCAUUAGAAAAUUUGAUUAAAGAUUUGUAUCUUAGAAAAAAUAUGGAUGAUGAAGGUUGGGUCAAUUUGAAAUUAAUUUUAGAUUUUAAACGAGUCAAGAUAAUAGUUAAUGGAUUAUUGAAUGGAUUAGAAAAGAAGAAACAAGAAGGUGAAGAAGAAAAUAUUGAUAUUAAAGAUAGUACUACAACCAACUAUAAUAAUAUUAUUUUGGAAAGUAUUAAAUCAUGUCAGAAUUUAGAAAUUAAUUAUGGUAAAGAAAAAGACGAUGCUGUUGAGAUUAAAUUAGAUGAUGUUAAAUUGAGAGUUAAAGAUAAUUAUCAACAAUGGUUAAUACCUGAGAAUUAA